UGUGAAUUUGAUUAACUACUUAUUAGUAGCCUCCUCAGACUGACACAUUAAAGCUCUCCCUCCCCACCCACCCGUGUUCCCUUCCAUUAUUUUCUGUCUCCCCCACCCCACCCUAGAGCUCCCUCCUGUCACUCCCCGUGCUCAUAGGAACCAUGGGAGCCAGAGCUAGGAGGAACCAUAGAGAUGAAUUAGUUCCACCGAAUCCAUUUAUACAUGGAUGAGAUGCAAGCAGGGAGUAACUUACCCAAGGUCACCUGUAUUGUAAGUAGGAGAAAUGAAUUUGGAUCCAAGUCCUCUGAUUCCAAAUCCAGAAAUCCAGCAUUCUUUGCACAAGACCAUUGUUUCUGUUCUGCAUCUACCCACCCUAGCAAGUGCUCAUUAGUUCUAGUUCAUGGGCUUCUGGCAAUCAGUUAAGAAUGAAUGGGUUCAAUUUCCAAUCAGGAUUAUCCAUCCCUGGGGAAAAAUGAACUCAAGCCAUGAAAUGUGACUGGAUCUCCAUCCGUGUGCCCCAGGAAAAAAUUACUACCUCUUUCUCCAUCUUUUGGGCCAAUCCCAAUUUUUACUUAUUUUUGAGAGGAAGAAGAGUUAUCAGCAUAGAAGUCCUAAUAGGCAUGGGGUCUGUAGCUAUAUGGAACCCCACAAGAAAUCCAGUCAGAGAGCAUCCCAGGUCUCUAGCUGGACUCUCCUUUUUCCCCAUCCACUCCCUUUCACCUUUUCAAACUCUUUCCCUGGGUUCUGGAGCUCUAAGAACUACUGUUUGAAGAAAGGCCUUUUCUGUACCCAAACCCCAACCUGCUCCUGUGGGAAAACAAUAGUUCCAGAGGGAAGCACAGCCUCCCAAUCAAACGGGUGGGAGUUUACUCAAUUCAGACUUGGGGGAGCCCAUCCUUCUAUGUAUGCCAUAUCUGGGUAGGGACUUGGGGUUGGGAGAUCUCUGAAACGCAGGUGACCUGCCCACCCUCUCCACAUCCCCUCUAUCAGGACAGAGUAUGUGAAGGGGCAGUAAAGUCACAGCUGGGUUGGCACUGGAAUAAGGCCCAGGGUCUUUGCAUCUCAAGCUCUGUCCUGUCCCAGAGCCUGCCCCAGACAAAUCAGCAGAGAUGGCAGUGCUGUGGACUCUCCUGUGCCUGGCAUGCCUUGGUUCUUGCUACGGUUUUGGGAUCCCAGCUAUCAAACCUGUUCUGAGAUUCAACCAGAAGAUUGUCGAUGGGGAAAAUACCAUGUCGGGAUCCUGGCCCUGGCAAGUGUCUCUGCAGGAGCGAAAUGGUUUUCACUUCUGUGGAGGUUCCCUCAUCACUGCUGCCCACUGCAACGUGAGGCGAGGGCCCUACAGCCUUGUUCCCUCAAGCACCCUAUAUCUAAGUAAGUGUCCCCUAUUUUACCACUGUCCACCAGGCCUUGCCAGGCAAGAGCCUCAAGACUUCACCCCUGACUCCCGUGUCCAUAGGGCCCUAUCCAACCUCAUGGGUUCCCUACAGAUCAUCACCUACCCUGGCUGGAAUCCCAACACCAUGAACAAUGAUUUUACUCUCCUAAAGCUGUCCUCACCUGUCCAAUUCACUUCCCGAGCAUCUCCUGUGUGUCUGGCCACAGACAACAACAUCCCCCAGGACAUCACCUGUGUCACUACAGGCUGGGGCCGCACCAGUGGUGUAGCCAACACCACCACAGCUUGGCCCCAGCAGGUGGUUCUGCCCCUGGUGACAGUAUAUCAGUGCCAGUAGUAUUGGGGCAGUCACACCAUGGAUGCCAUGAUCUGUGCGGGAAGCUCUGGAGCCUCUUUUUGACAGGGUGAUUCCGGAGGCCCCCUUGUGUGCCGACUAAACAACCUGUAGGAAGCACCCUGGGUCCAAGUCGGUGUUGUCUCCUGGGGGACAAGCAACUGCGAUGUCCAGGCACCCGCUGUGUACACACGAAUCAGCAAAUUCAGCUCUUGGAUCUAUCUGACAGUGGCCAACAACUAAAGAACUUGAAGGAGGGGCUUUCAGGACACCCCGCACAAGCCCAACUGCCCUUCCUCCCUAUGCCCUGAAGCACAAUAAAUUCCCUAUCUGCUCUCAAGUCUGGGCUGUUUUUCCCCUCGGGCUUUUCCUUUACUCUAGCCUCAGGUGGCCAGCAGGUGUGGGAGCCAGGUGGCCAGGAUGAGGUGAAACAAGCCAAAGGUUGUUCCCAGCACUCUACACAACCCCACCCACCCUGGGACACUGCCAAGGAAUUAUGCAGCACCUGGGGCUGAGCCAAGAAGACCUCCUGGGACUCAGGACUUGGCCUUGGCACCAUCAGAAAGGAAACCUGAGACUGGUGAAGGAAGCAACGUGUUUCUGCACAAAUGAAGUACGACAGAGAGACCUUAGGGUGAGAGGAACUGCUCCUCCCAAAAGACUCUAGGGCCACCUCACACUCCCUACCAUUCCUCAUCGGGGUUCUCCUCAACUCAAGGCAUCCACGUCCUAUAGUGGUCAGAGUGCUGGGCCCAGAGUCAGGAAGACCCGAGUUCAGAUGCAAUC